GAGAAGCAGGCUCCCCGCUGAGCAGGGAGCCCAAUGCGGGACUCGAUCCCAGGACCCUGGGACCAUGACCUGAGCCGAAGGCAGACACUUAACGAGCUGAGCCACCCAGGCGCCCUGCUUUCAAUCCUUUUGUCUGUAUAUGCAGACGUGAAAUUGGGGACUCAUGGGCCGAGCGUGGUGGACCGCGUGGCCAGCAUGCCCCUCAUCAGCUCCACCUGCAACAUGGUGUCGGCAGCCUACACCUCCACCAAGGGGAGCCACCCGCACGUCAAGACCGUCUGCGACGCGGCCGAGAAGGGCGUGAAGACCCUCACCGCGGCUGCCGUCAGCGGGGCCCAGCCCAUCCUCUCCAAGCUGGAACCACAGAUCGCAUCGGCCAGCGAAUAUGCCCACAGGGGGCUGGACAAGCUGGAGGAGAACCUGCCCAUCCUGCAGCAGCACACGGAGCAGGUUCUGGCCGGCACCAAGGAGCUCGUCUCGUCCAAGGUGUCGGGGGCCCGAGAAGCUGUGUCCAGCGCCAAGGACACAGUGGCCACGCGAGUGACAGAGGCAGUUGAUGUGACCCGGGGUGCCAUGCAGACUGGUGUGGAUGCGACCAAGUCUGUGGUGACCAGUGGCGUCCAGUCGGUCAUGGGCUCCCGUGUGGGCCAGAUGGUGCUGAGCGGGGUGGACACGGUGCUGGGCAAGUCGGAGGAGUGGGUAGACAAUCACCUGCCCAUGACGGAUGCUGAGCUGGCCCGCCUCGCCACGUCCCUGGAGGGCUUCGACAUCGCUUCGGUGCAGCAGCAGCGGCAGGAACAGAGUUACUUCGUGCGCCUGGGCUCCCUCUCGGAGCGGCUGCGCCAGCGGGCCUAUGCGCACUCGCUGGGCAAACUGCAGCUCACGCGGCAGCGGGCGCAGGAGGCCCUGGUGCAGCUGGCGCAGGCACUCAGCCUGAUGGAAACCGUCAAGCUAGGAGUCGAUCAGAAGCUUGUGAAGGGCCAGGAGAAACUACACCAGAUGUGGCUCAACUGGAACCGGAAGCAGCUCCAGGGCACAGAAGAGAACCCCGCCAAACCAGAGCAGGUGGAGACCCAGACGCUCACCAUGUUCCGGGACAUCGUCCAGCAGCUGCAGAGCACCUGCACCUCGCUGGGCUCCAGCAUCCAGGGGCUGCCCAGCCACGUGAAGGACCAGGUGCAGCAGGCUCGCCACCAGGUGGAGGACCUCCAAGCCACCUUUUCUGGCAUCCAUUCCUUCCAGGACCUGUCCAGCACGAUCCUGAUGCAGAGCCGAGAGCAGGUGGCCAAGGCCCGAGAGGCCCUUGACCACAUGGUUGAGUACGUGGCCCAGAACACGCCCAUCAUGUGGCUGGUGGGACCCUUUGCCCCGGGAAUCGUUGAGAAAGCCCCGGAAGAGAAGAAAUAGGGACAGGCAGGAGGAGGCGCGAGGGACUUAGUCUCUCCCGGAGGGGCCAGCCCGAGCACUGGGCCCCCUCGCCCCCUUGCCUCACUUGGAACGUGCGUCCCUCCCCAUGCCCCCAGCUUAUCUUAGCUGCCACCUCGGGAAGCUGAAAAUUGACCAGUCCCUCCCGCUCUGCGCGCUCAGAGGAAGCACAUCCUGAGCCUCACCUCCUCAGUCAUUAGGGGGGAGGUUUCCAGCAAAAAAAAAAAAAAAAAAAAGAAAUGUUUUCCAAUUUCUUUUUUCAUAAAAACCAGGGACGAUUUCUUAUAUCCCUGCCUCCUUUUCUGCAUCAAGGCCCCUGGGUAUUAGCCUUUAGCUAACAGACUUGGGACUUUUGGCCUCCGAAGUGGGCCUCCUGGGGGUGGGGUGGCUGCAGAGCUGCUGAGGCCCAUUCUGGAGCAGAGGGGGGCUGAGGUGCCCGAGGCUUCAGUGUUGCCUUAAUAAAUUUUACCUGCAGCUAAGUGUGGGCUGUGUGUG